GAAUCUGUUUAAUUAUAUUUGAGUUCAGUUGCUAAGCUAACAGUGCUAGCGGUGAUGUUUAUUUACCUCAGUAAGAAGAUUGCCAUUCCCAACAACACCAGGCUGAAAUGUGUGUCCUGGAACAAAAACCAGGGUUUCAUUGCUUGUGGAGGAGACGAGGGCCUGCUGAAGGUCCUUAAGUUGGAAAUUCAAACAGAUGAUGCCAGGCUGAAAGGUCUUGCAGCUCCUAGUAACCUGUCCAUGAACCAGACACUAGAAGGUCACAGUGGUGCAGUGCAGGUAAUAACAUGGAACGAGCAGUACCAGAAACUCACCACCAGUGAUCAGAACGGCCUCAUCAUAGUCUGGAUGCUCUACAAGGGCUCCUGGUACGAGGAGAUGAUUAAUAACAGGAAUAAGUCAGUGGUGAGGAGCAUGAGCUGGAACGCUGAUGGAGAGAAGAUCUGCAUUGUGUAUGAAGAUGGUGCUGUUAUUGUGGGAUCCGUGGACGGAAACAGAAUUUGGGGCAAGGAGCUGAAGGGGAUCCAACUGGCUCACGUUGCCUGGUCUCCUGACAGUAAGAUCCUGCUGUUUGGAAUGGCCAAUGGAGAAAUCCACAUCUACGACAACCAAGGCAACUUCAUUAUGAAGAUGACCUUGCAUUGCUUGAUGAAUGUAACUGGGUCCAUCAGCAUCGCAGGGAUCCACUGGUACGCCGGUACAGAGGGCUACAUGGAGCCUGACUGCCCUUGUCUCGCUAUCUGCUAUGAAAACGGCCGCUGCCAGGUCAUGCGCUACGAGAAUGACGACAACCCAAUGAUCAUCGACACCGGUAUGAAUGUUGCCAGCAUCCAGUGGAACCACUGUGGCAGUGUUCUUGCUAUAGCCGGGUCCCUCAGGAACCCGGCAGGCGAUAAAGAUGUAAACAUUUUAAAUUUCUACACACCGUUUGGAGAGCACCUUCGCACUCUGAAGGUUCCCGGGAAGCAGAUGACUGCGGUAUCAUGGGAAGGUGGAGGACUCAGGAUUGGCCUGGCUGUAGAUUCCUUCAUCUACUUUGCCAACAUCAGACCUGAUUACAAGUGGGGUUACUGUUUAAACACAGUGGUAUAUGCCUACACUCGGCCAGACAGGCUGGAGUACAGCGUGGUGUUCUGGGACACCAAGAACAAUGAAAAGUUUGUGAAGUAUGUAAAGUGUCUGUUGUCGGUCAAAACCUGUGGAGAUUUCUGCAUCCUGGCUACUAAAGCAGAUGAUUCACACCCACAGGAGGAUGCAGAUCUUGAGGCUGGAACAGCCACUUAUGUUCUGGUGUUGUGUAACUCCAUUGGGACCCCACUGGACUCCAAAUACAUCGACAUUGACCCUCUGUUUGUAACCAUGACAAAGACUCAUGUCAUCGCCGCUUCUAAGGAGGCUUUUUAUGUCUGGCAGUACCGUGUGGCCAAGAAGCUCACUGCUCUGGAGAUCAACAAAGUUGCCAAGACCAGAAAAGAGGGCCGGGAAAGGGUUUUCCACAUUGAUGACAGUCCAUCUAGCACUAGUGACGGGGCACUCGACUUUGCCAAAGCCCAGACAACGACCAGAGAUCCGAUCUGUUGCAUCACAGCAUCAGACAAAACCCUCAUAGUGGGUCGUGAGUCUGGGCUCUUGCAGAAGUACAGCUUACCCAAUGUCAGCCUUUUGCAGAAGUUUUCUCUGACCUGCAGAGCCUAUCAGCUCUCUCUCAACUGUAACUCCAGUCGCCUGGCCAUCAUCGACAUGACCGGUGUGUUGACUUUCUUUGAUGUUGUGCCACAUGGCUCGUCUGGAGAUUCAGAACAAGGGGCUUCACCAGGGGAUCCAUCCAAAUUUGAGCGCAAAGAUGUCUGGGAUAUGAAAUGGGCCAAUGAUAACCCUGACCUGUUUGCCAUGAUGGAGAAGACCAGGAUGUAUGUCUUCAGGAAUCUGGACCCAGAGGAACCAAUCCAAACAUCUGGAUUUAUUUGCAGCUUUGAAGAUCUGGAAAUCAAGUCUGUACUUCUGGAUGAAAUCAUGAAGGAUCCUGAUCGACCGAACAAGGAUUACCUGAUCAACUUUGAGAUCCGAUCCCUGAGGGACAGCAGGGCGCUGAUUGAGAAAGUGGGAAUAGAAGACGCUUCACAGUUCAUAGAAGAUAAUCCUCACCCACGCCUCUGGCGUCUGUUAGCGGAGGCGGCUCUGCAGAAGCUGGAGCUGAAGAUGGCCGAGCAGGCGUUUGUACGCUGUAAAGACUAUCAGGGCAUCGAGCUGGUGAAGAGAGUGGCCAAGCUGCAGAAUGAGAACAUGAAGCAGGCCGAGGUGGCAGCGUACUUCAGCCGCUUCGAGGAGGCUGAGAAGAUGUACCUGGACAUGGACCGCAGGGACCUGGCCAUCAGUUUAAGGAUAAAGCUGGGUGACUGGUUCAGGGUGCUACAGUUGUUACGCAGUGGAUCAGGAGACUGUGAUGAUGCCCUGCAGGAACAAGCUUACAAUGCCAUCGGAGAUUACUUUGCAGACAGACAGAAAUGGUUGAAUGCAGUGCAGUACUAUCUUCAGGGUCGUAAUCAGGAGAGACUGGCUGAGUGUUACUACAUGUUGGAAGAUUAUGAAGGCCUGGAGAAGCUUGCUAACUCUCUACCAGAAAACCACAAGCUGCUACCGGAGAUUGGACAGAUGUUUGUAACAGUGGGGAUGUGUGAACAGACAGUGAGUUCCUAUCUCAGGUGUAACCAGCCCAAAGCAGCGGUGGACGCCUGUGUGCAUCUAAACCAGUGGAACAAAGCUGUAGAACUGGCUAAGAACCACAACAUGAAGGAGAUUGGACCUCUGCUCUCUAGGUACGCAUCUCACCUGCUGGACAAGAAGAAAACUCUGGAGGCGGUGGAGCUCUACAGGAAAGCACACCACUUCUUGGAUGCUGCAAAACUCAUGUUCAAGGUUGCGGAGGAAGAGGCGAGGAAGAGGACGAGGCCACUGAGAGUGAAGAAGCUGUAUGUUCUGGCUGCCCUGCUGGUGGAAAACUACCACGUUCAGGUCAAAAACUCUCAACAAAGCAAAGUCAAGGGCAAAAAAUCUGAGGCUACUUCAGCUCUGGCGGGCCUGCUGGAGGAGGACGCCUCUUCUUCAGACAGUCGAAUCGUGGAUAACGCAUGGCGAGGAGCCGAGGCUUAUCACUACUUCCUGCUGGCACAGAGACAACUGUACAGCGGCAAUGUGGAGGCUUCAAUGAAUACAGUUCUCCAUCUGAGGGAUUAUGAAGACAUUAUCCCAGCGGUGGAGAUCUACUCCCUGUUAGCCGUGUGCUCCUCAGCUAACCGGGCGUUCGCUACGUGCUCCCGCGCCUUCAUUAAGCUGGAGUCUCUGGAGAGUCUGAGCGCUGAACAGAGGCAGCUGUAUGAGGAACUAGCUCUCCAGAUCUUCACCAAAUAUCCUCCUAAAGACACUCGCAGGAGUCAGCCGGACAGCACGGACAACAGUACGGAGGAGAAGUUGCCUACAUGUAUAGUAACUGGUCAGAGUAUCAGUGAAUACCAGUUCUGGAUGUGCAGUGUGUGUAAACACUGCGCCUACGAGCACGAGAUCACCAACUACAACUUCUGCCCACUGUGCCACUCCUCACUGGCAUGAGGGUGGUCAUCUUCCAUCUUUAUACCUGACUUAUGAGUAUUUCUUUACCCAUUUAUUCUCUCUGCCUUCAAAUUGCCUCCUUUGCCCAGCAGAUAAUGUACCAUUUACAUCCCGUCUCAAACAGUACUGACUUUGUUAGGCUCGCAUCUUUUCCACAUCCUGUCUGCAUCCUGCUCACAUCUGGUCUGCAAAGAUGCUUUUUAUCCUGCUCCUGCCUGCAGAAUCAGUUUCACCGACCUGUUCUAAUUGCACAGAGCACUUCCCACCAUGUUCAUCCUGACAUUUCAUAUUAUUUUUUAUUAUUUAUUAUUAUUAUUAUUCAUUUACCCAGUUGUUUUGACUUGUGCCCACUCCUGCAGCCCACCCCUGUGAGCUAGGCCUGUGGGAGUCCUGCAGGUCUCUAAUCCAUUCCCUCGUCACCAAACACAUUUGGAACAUUUACAACCACUAGACAAUCAGGCUUGCUUUAGUAUGAAGACAGAUGUAUAAAGUCAGCUCCAGAAUUAUUGGCACCCUUGUUAAAUGCAUUCAUUUACAUUUACAUUUUCAGCAUUUAGCAGACGCUUUUAUCCAAAGCGACUUACACAGUGAGUGGAACACGAUGAGCAAUUGAGGGUUAAGGGCCUUGCUCAGGGACCCAACAGUGGCAACUUGGUGGUGGCGGGGCUUGAACCGGCAACCUUCUGUUUACUAGUCCAGUACCUUAACCACUGAGCCCAUUCCUGUUUUCUUGGGGUAUAAAUAUAGGGUGUGACAGAGAAUGUGUGAGAGAGAACACAAACAUUUGUUGAUCUUUAAAAAAAAAACUGUUGGGGUUGUUUUGUUAAGUGCCCUGGGAACUUUGUUAGCCCAAGUGUCAUAAUGGAUUUUUGGGCGUUUUAGUGCACCGCUAGCUUGUUGCUUAGAGAUGCACAGUCACCGGAUGCCUCUUUUUACUUUUAAGUAGUGGUAUGAAGAAUCACACUAUGUCCUCAUCCUCAUCGUGAAUCUUCCACCACUCGUGCAGGCACCUCAUUCAUCCAGCAGAGGCUGCAUUUCUGUUUUUGCAGCAACUGGGAAAAGGUUCAAACUCCAUUUGCAGUGCUUGUGCAGGAAGAACGUAAAUAACGUAAACGUUUCAUGGGAGCAGAUCAAAGCUUUUCUCAUGACCAUUCCAGUCCUCUGACCUAAACUCCAUUUAAAUGUCUUGGGCUGAGCUGAAGAAGAAAAUCCACAAGAGGUGAAUAUAGAAUUCUAAAGGAUGGAGAAAGAAUUUGGGUUGAGCUGGGCCUUAUGGUUAGGUUAGAAAAGUAAGGUAGUACAAAGUACUAAAUGCAGGGGUGUCAAUACCUACAAGGCAGGAACACCCUGGACAGGGUGCCAAUCCAUACCACCUUUCUAAGACAUAAACCAAUCAUGUCUGUGUAAGAUGUCUGAUUGGCCCAUAGCAGCUCUGAGGUUCAAACCUGGAUCUCAGCGGUGAUAAGUGCCCUACCAUAUAUCAUAUUACUAAUGAAAUAUCUAUGAUUUUGACAGCAUUUAUAAUAAAUCUAUCUUUAUUAUUCUAUAUUUUUACAGUCUGAUCUUUGUAGGUCUGGGGUGUGUAGUGAGUGUUGUGUUUAUGUCCUGUAUGUGUGCCUGUUUUAAAUAUUUUUUACUGAAUAAUAAAAUAAACCAAAUAACACAUAA